AUGAAUUUUGAGAAUAUUGUGAAAUUUAUGGAGAAAUCAGAGGGUUGUUUAAAUUAUGAUUUGAUUAAUGCGCCUUUUGUGCCAAAUACAUUUUCAUUGUGGAGAGAUGUUGUCUAUGAAAAUUUGGAUUCAGACUUAUGGUUUGAGUUUGUGAAAUAGAUUGACAAGUCGUUGUUUUAAAAAUAUUUGGAGAAGGUAAGAGAAGCAUACGCUAAGAAACUAACUUAUUAAGAUUUGAAGUUGAAUGCUAGAUACGAUAUAGAUGCCAAAAAGUUUGAGAGCGUAUUCGAAAAUGAUUUAAGUAAUGAUGUUUUAAAAUGAUAAUAGAAAAGCAGGUUGAUACUAUAACAGUGCAUCUCUCCUAUUAUCAAGCCUAGGUUGAAUAUGCAUAUGAUUUGUUAAGGAGAAUACAUACUUAUAAGUUCGUGGACUUCAAUGUAUAAUAAAUUUAGACAUGGCAGAAAGAUUAAACUUUGUAUUAGAAAUAUUUAGAUAAAAUUGUAAUGAUUAUUUAAAUUUAUCAUGUAGAUGAAAGGAUUCAUUACAAAUGUUGAGAAUAUUGCAACUGAAAAGAUAAAGGAGUUCUGUGCCACUGGGUUAAUAAAAAACAAUUCAUUUUUGGAAUCAGGGAAAUCCUUUUUUAAACAAUUAAUUUUCAAUGGAGGAGUUGCUGUUUCUAAAUUGAGUAAUCUGAAUUUGGGUUUGUUUGUAAGAUAUUUAGAUAAUGAUUUAGAUUGGCGGAAUAAUAGCAGAAUAAAUUGUCAGUAAAGUGGCACUCAGUAUAAUGACAUAGAGGAUUAGUUCUAAGUUGGAUUUCUUGUAAUUGGAACUUGAUCAAAUGACAAAUGAAUUAACAUAUAUCAAUUCAGAUUUGGAUCAUUUGAUUUACAGAGCAGUCGAAGAAUACCCCAAGAACUUUGAUUAGAACAAAACAUGUAAUUAUAGAUUUUAAUUGAAUUCAGUUAUUCAAGCCUUUGUUUAAAAGAAUUACAAAGUGAAUUUGGGAUCUGACAUCAUUUAUUGUCCUGAUACUAAUACUAUUAUUCAGAAGAGUGUCGAAGAGGACUGUGUGUUGUUGAAUGAGGUUGAAUACAAUCUACCUCUUUAAGAAGAGAUUGAUGAAGAUGCAUGUGUCAUAAAAUUGUCAUCCAAUAUUUCAGAUAAUAUUAAUAAAUAACAUUUUGAUUCUAUGUAUUGAAUUGAUUAUAUGAAAUAAUUAUUUACUUAAUUAAUUUAUAAUGUAAAAUAAUAACAGCUUCGAAUACUAAUCAAGUCAAGGUAAAAGAGAAAUUAUGCUCUAGUAAAUUAUCUUGGAGCAAAAAUAGAAGAUUAGAGACCUAGAAUUACAAACUCAAAAACAAUAAACACCUCCAAUGUAUAAGCAAUAAUUAUUGGAAUGCACAAAUCAAUUGGAGGAAAGCAAGAACAUAAUUAAACAACUCCUGUAAUAGAAAGACCAAUUAACUCAAAAAAUACAAACAAUUGAAUCUGAAAUGGAAGUGCAAUAAAGUCAAGCUGUUUAAGAAAUACAAACUCAAUACAAUCAGAGAAUCAAGCAAUUACAACAUGAAAAUCAAUUAUUGCAAGAAGAAUUACAACAGUUCCAACCAUUAUCUAAGGCAUUAAAUAAUUAUACUCAAGAAGAGAAGUACAUCUAAUAAAUCAACAUUCUAUACGAUUUCUUAACUUAAUGGCAGAAAUAGAAUAUGUCAGAAUUAGUUUAUUACAAGCGAGAAUUAGAAAUACAAAUAAACCAAAAAGAAGCAUUGAAUUCAAAGCACAUCGAAGAAAAGAAAGAACUCACAACCCAAUUGAAUUAGAGAAUUAAAUUGGAUCAACAAAUUUAAAAUGAUGUCAUACUUCAAUUAUAAGCUACUCUUCAAGAAAUAUCCAAAUUCCAAAACGAAAUCAAAUAAUUUAAGCUUUUCAAUGGCAAUUAUCAAAAGAUAGAAGAAUCUCUCCUUCAAUAAAUUGAAAAUCUUAAACCGAUCUCAACUAUUCAAUAAAUUUAAUAGGUUAAAUCUAACCAAUCUCAAUAUGCUACAAAAAUUGAGAACAAUCAGCAGGAUGAUCAAAUUGCUUAUCUGAAAGCAGAAAAUGAGUAAUUAAAAUAAGCAACUGACGACAUCAAGUAAUUAUCUUUACUUAGAGAGAAAACAUUAAAAUAGGAGAUUCAAAGGAACAAAGAUAAAUGUGAAUAUCUCACCUAAUAAAUCGAGAGUAGAGAGAAACAUUACAUUUAAGAUUUACAGAAAAUUAAACAAUAUAUUGAAUAAAUAGAGAAGAAUUAUGAAUCAAGGGAAAAUUUCUAUAAGUUUAAUAGUGAAGAACUAUAAUCAUUGCUUGACAAUUUCAGGAAUAUCACUUAAUAGAUUUCAACUGAAUUAAGAAGCAGAAAAGGCAAUGAACACAUUAAAGAAUGUAAGGAUUUAUUGGCAAAAUUGGUUCAGAGCAAAUCAAAAUAACCAAAACAAAUUAAAAGUUUAGAAAAAUUAGAAACUAUUUGUAAAGAUUUAUUGAAAAACUAAUAAUUAAUCAAACAAAAUGAAGAUCUAAAAGAUCUAAUCAUAGAUGUUAGCAAACAAAUAUUGAAUUCCCAAGAGUACAAACAAUAAACCAUUAUUUUGUUUGAAGCCCUUGAUCAAUUAGAAGGCAUUAUCACUAGUCCUAAUAAACGGGUUGAUGAUUUGCUGGAUUUGUUCCACAAAGAAUUGCAAUCACUAACCAAAUUAAGAGAAUAGACAUAUCAAAAUAAUAACAUUUACACACAGAUCCUAGAAAUAAUCAAAGAGAAAUAAGAUAGUCCAACAGUACAAGCCAGCAAUUAAAAAGAAGUAGAACAUAUCUCCUAAUUGAGACAAUUGGAAUAAGAACAAUAUAAAAAAGAAAUCGAUAUUGCAAUUAAUCGAAGUCAAAAGUUAUUGGAAGUACAGGAGAUGAAGAUAAAGAAUCUUGAGUACUAAAUAAGGAAGUAGGAGCAAUAUAUUAAUUAAUAAUAUCAAUCAACAUCGUCUUAGCAGACUGAAAUGGAUGCAUUGAUUAAGCAACAAAAUAAGUAAAUUAUUAAAUUAUAGAAACAAUUAAAUGAAAUCCAAUAGUAAAGAGUCUAAGAUAAAAAGGACCUGAUCAAACUUAUAUAAGAUAGUGAAGGCAAACAAAUUGAGAAUUAAAAUAAAAUGUUAAAACAAAUAGAAGUAAAAUAUAAUACUAUUGCUGAUAUUGUUAAUAAGAAAUUAAACAAAUUAAUUAAACCAGAAAAGGUUUAAAAUAAUGAAGAACAAUCAAAAAUAAUACACUAAGAUACUAAUUCCCAGAUUAAAUAGUUGAUUAAGAAGGAUCAAGAGAGAGAUCAACAAUACUAAUCAUAAUUAGAGUAACUAAGACAAGUUAUUGAUGAAUUAAAAAGUAGCAUCUAGAAUCUUCAUGCAGAAAAAGGAGAAUUAAUUUAGCAAUUGGAUGAACUUAAUAAGGUUGUACAAACUUAAAAAAAGGUUUACUAUUCUUUUCGUUAACAAUAAUAAUGA